AGGCGCACAGCAGUGUAGGCGUGUCCUGGGAGGAGCCGUGUCGGUCCUGGGGAAUUCCACUGUGUUGUAGGAAGUGGUGAGUGCGCUGGUGGUCGCGAUAGUCGCUAUUCAUGGAUGUGGGAACCUACUGAUCGCACUGCACUGUCAACAACUCCAGAGAUGUAAGAUCACCAUUUAUUGAAUGAAUGGAAGACAGAAGUCCCUACAGAAUAUAUGAUCCAGGUGGCAGUGCCCCCCAAUUUUUUGAUGGUCAACAGGAACGCAUGGCAGGAUUCUCGAGUCUUGGUGACCUCCUGGAAGAGUCGCAGAACGUGGCCUGCAAUCUCCGACAGAAAGCAGAAUCCCUCGUAAAAGACACCUGGGACCCACAGACUACUUCUUCAGCCAAUCCUCAUGCUGGAAACAUGAGCACCGUGCAGGAAAAAACAGAAGAUUUUCUGCAUGUUGAGCUGUCAGACGUGAACGAUACAGAAUCUGCUGUUCACCCCACGGUUCUACUGAAAAUCCCAGCAAGCGCAUCUUCAUCCGAAUUUGACAUCCUGGACGCUAGCGAGAAAAGAAGAACUCCUGAAUCCAGGCAGUCGAAGAAGAAUCCUGAAUCCAAUGUACAGAAUGACGAGGAUAAUCUACGGCAUCACCUACAACGUAUGGAGAAUUCUAUUAGUAUGUUUGCUGAGGAAUCUGACCAGAACCGGCUUCUGAACCACAUGAGCCGCCUGGUCCUGGAGUUUAACCGGCUGGCGAAUAAAGUGCACAAGAACGAGCAGCGGACAUCAGUGUUACAGACUUUAUGCGAGCAGCUGAGGAAGGAGAAUGAGGAUCUACGGUCUAAGCUGGAGGUGGACUGGAAUCAGAGAAACCAGGCUGAGCAAGACCUGAGAUAUGAAAAUCUAGAGUUAAAGAAAUUGCUUAUGGAUAGAGGAAAAAUAUUGGGAGCCACCAAUGGCAGCACUCCAGCGGCGGGGGAGACCCCAGAUAAUGUUGAGGUUGCGACACAUCAGCAGGCCUCCAAAUUGCUGGAUAAAUCGUCCAAUAAAGACCAAGUUGGGUCCCUGUUAAAGAAAGUGAAAAUUCUAGAACACCAGAGGGCAGAGCUCCUGGAUGUAAAUAAGCAGUGGGAUCAGCAGUUCCGUUCUAUGAAACAUCAGUAUGAGGAAAAGAUCACAUCUUUACGUCAGAAGCUUUCACAAGCUGCUAAAUCUGAGAGCGAUCAAGAGGCUGACAGAGAUCGAAAGCAGAGAGACUUCGACCGCAAACUACUUCUGGCCAGAGACAAGAUAGAGGAAAAAGAGUCACAAAUUCAGAAGCUGGAGUCUGAGAUAAGGGAUCUGAAGCAGAAGAACAAGUUCCUCCAUGACCAACUCGGCUCUACCAGUAGACAGCGGGAAUACCAGGAGCGAGAGAUCAGCCGACUGAAUAAAGCACUAGAAGAAGCUCUGAAGCUGCAGGGAGCUGGUCCACGUUCUCCGUCUUUCACCAUCUCUACAGAGGACACCGGGAACCUUCACCGCCAAGAACUUAUUACUCAGAUUGGCCUCCUGAAACAACAGGUGACCAUCUUUGAAGAAGACUUUAAGAGGGAACGCAGCGAUCGGGAACGCAUGAAUGAGGAGAAGGAGGACCUGAAACGAGAGAUGGAGCAGCUUCAGGCACAGCUGACCCAGGCCAACGCUAAGCUGCAGGCUUGUCAGGAGGACUUACGAAAAGAGAAGGAAAAUGCUCGCGAGCUGUCAAGACCGCAGGCAAUAGGUGAGAGAUACAUCAUAAACCAUCACAUGGGACCCACUUGUCCUCCAUACCAGUAUCCUUACAGCCCACCUGCCAUGAUAUAUAAGGGAUAUGAGGAAUGGCCAAUCUGUUAUCCACCCCCAGUUGUUGGUCCAGAGCACAGUCAAGUUCAGGAUCUCCCAAAUGCUCCACCGCCGGCAUAUCAGUGGAGAGGCCCCAACGCCCCCCCAAGACCUCACAAUCCAAAGGGAACAGAGAUUCCUAAAUCUAGAAAGAAAGAGCCUGAUGGCCCAAAGAAAGGAGCCCAGAAUUCUCAGAGACAAACCUGAAGACCAUGAAGACUCCAAUAUUUACUGAUGUUCACAUUGCCACCUGACUAGGUGUGAGGUCAAAAUACACAGGCACAACCAUAUCAAUAAGGAGAAGUAGCAGGUCGGGAAUGACCAAGCGAGUACAAGUGCACUGGAUGGCUUAGAUCAGUAUAUUAGCCGAAUAGAUGGAGUAUACAUACAUACCACUAGCCUGUCCUCUUAUGUAUUGUAGGAGGAUAGGGGUACACAGCUGUUAAUAUGUUUAAUAAGAUAAAAAUGUUAUAUUCUCUAUACCUAUUAUAAUAUUUACCUCAAUGCUAAAUAUUUUGGCAAUGUAAUCGAUAUACUAAAAUCCGGUCUUCCUUCCCCUUCUCUAUCCCCUUCAACCCUUUCUUCCCCUUCUUUAUCCCCCUUUCUGCCUCUUUAUUAUCUACUUUAAAUCCUUCAUUUUGUUCUUACUAUUUUUCUUUACUCCUACCCUUUACCUCUUCCUUCUUGAUUUUCCCAUCUCUUUUCCUUUUUUUUUUUUUUAUCCCUUCCUUCCUUUUCCCUUUCCAUUUCUUUUCCUUCACUUUCCCCUAGCAUAUACCAAUGCUUAACAAAACCCUUAUAUAUACUAUAGUACCAAUAAUAUUCAGUGAUUGCUCAGACUGUAACAAACAGUACAGGUUAAUUUUAAUUCCCUGCAUUUUACCGACAUGACUCAGAUUUGGUUUUGCCUAAAAGCUGCGGUGAGUGUGCCCUGCCAUCUCCGCAUGAGGGAGGAGAAGAAAAGCCGGAUUUGUACAGUUUGUGCAUCCCUUUGUAUGUGCCCGCAGAGAUGAUUGCUGAGUGCUAGUAACACCUACGUAUUCAUCCCGCACUCUUUGAUCAGCAUGUGCAGGCGGAAUGGACUAAUCCAUUUAGAAUACAGCUAAAAUAAAUAUCUGAGUUCUUAAUAAGAAAGCACAGAAUACGAAAAAUAAGCAAAAAGCCCUGGUCUUCAGUAAUUCAGCUUAUAGGUGUGCUAAGCCUUGACAAAUGUUAUUUGAAAAACUAGGUAGAUCAGGGAUGAAAAUGUCACAAUACCAAUAUCAGAGAGCUGAUGAUACAUCAGUUUAAAUGAUCGAGAACUAAGCCUAAAAAAAUUAGAGGAUGCAUGUAAAAUCAAUGACCAAGUCUAGUGGGAUUCUGCAUUAUUUUGCAUGUAGCCUGUGUACUGUGACUAGACACUUGCUAUACCAAGAAAGAAUGAAGGUUCUCGGUUAUCUUGGAAGAAUAGUCUUUAUGAAUUUAUGUUCAGAGUAGUAGAAGGUUCAAGUUCAUGAAAAAGGACCAGUUCAGUAUAGUUUCAUGUAUUCGCUUCCAGGCCUUGAAGAUCAGAUGGUUCACCUUAUUGUUGAGCUUGGCUGUAGACUGGUUGACAAGGGCUAUCCAUACCAACCAACAUUCUCUAUACGGAUGUUCUGGGAACCAGACCGCAGCAUGUGUGGGGCCAGCAGUGUAGCUAUGUAGGAUGCAGAGGUUAGCAGUCCCCUGAUACCUAAGGUGGCCAAAGUUCCCCUCCACGUGGUAGGGAAGGACCCUGUUGCAGAUUUUACAUUGGGGUCCAUUAUCUUGAAUUUACACCUUUACAUGAUGUUGGUGCAAACAUUUGGCUUUUCUGUGUUGUCUUGGUAGUAUUUACCUGGCAGGGCUUUAAAGGGGUACUCCGGCCCUAGACAUCUUAUCCCCUAUCCAAAGGAUAGGGAAUAAAAUGUCUGAUCACAAGCGUUCCGCCACUGGGGACACCCACAAUCUCCCUGCGGCAACCGCCGUUUGUUUAGAGCGUUCGGUGCAGCGCCAGAGGCUUGUGACGUCACGCCUCCUCCCAUAGAUUUGCAUUGAGGGGGCAUGGCUGUGACAUCACGAGCCUCCGCCCUGCAUCGCCAGUCAUCCGGCACGGAGUGAAGUUCGCCCUGUGCACCGGAUGUCUGGGGUGCCGCAGCCAAGAUCGCAGGGGUCCUUUGGAUAGGGAAUAAGAUAUCUAGGGGCGAAGUCCCCUUUAAGUUGGGAUUUAGUUUUCUGCUAAAAGUGUGUUAUGUAAUAGGAAUGAGAAGAUAUUAGAAGAGAUUUUUUUUGUAAUCUGAGAAACUGUGAAUGAAAUAAGCCCUAUGUGGAUCGGUGGAUCCCCAGGUUAUUACUUAUACUGGUCCUUAUCAAUGGGUUUCUUGGCCAGAAGACUCCUUUUGGACCAGUAAAAAAUAACGGGUGUUGUUGAUGCCAACAUUUGCCUUAAUUCUGAGCGUAUCCAGUUGGUAGUUCUUUCAUCGUAAUUUGAUGAAGUUGAAUAGCAGCUUGUGUCAACAUGGGAAGAUAUAUUGUAUAUGUGCUCUUCUGUUUACCGAAAGCAUGGCUUAUAUGAAAUCCAUUUACCCAGUGCAUCUGAAUGGCAAGAAUAUCAUGACCUUGGUCGAUUGAGUUACUUAUAAUGACAUGACGCAGAAAUGAUAACCAAAUAUAGAGAAGAAGAUCCCACUAUUCCCUGACAUUUCUAGCUGAUAGCCCAUCUAUAGGGUAAGGCUAUUGUGGCUCUUCUCCUAUUGCAGACAAAGCAGUGGAGGAGGGCAUCUACUUCAUCCAGUUGCCUUACAGCCACAGGCAGAUCUGAUCUUAGGUUAUGAGAGAGGAAAAUGGCUGAUCUCAUGGGACACAACAGAGUUUGAAGUUGUAGUAGUUUUCUUGGCAAACUUUGUGGUCACCACCUUCUUCCAGUAGACCCUGUCAGCACAAAAUCUACUGGCUCACAGGUUGCUUAGCUUGUUCUUUGGGGAAACUGGCUGGUAUCUUUUUGCACAAGAAGGAAAGCAUUAAAAAUGAUGGGUGUCAUAUAGAUCAGUAAGCCUUAUCUGUUUGUUAAUAGCGUUACCUGUUUUAUGGAAGAUUGAUUGGCAAACACAGUCUUACUAGUGUGUACCAUUUGCAUAAAAUAAGAAUACAAAUUGUUGUUAUAGACCAACUUCCGAUUUCAAGUACCCCCAACAGGGUACGAUCUGUUGCUAUGUUAUAGAUAGGAGACCUGUGGCAUUUACUCAAUGCAUUGAUCUAUGAAAUCCUUAACUGCUGGAGGUCCUUGAGGACUGAAGUCGUGAAACACUCUUUUAGUUCUACCAGUUCUGCAAACUCUUCUCUUGAGUGCCACUUGUGUGAUAAAUGGUCUGGUCUUCUAAUAGACAUAUGUUGUAGCUAUUCAUCUGAAUCUUUGACAGAAACAGAAUAGACUCCCACAAAAUCAAUAAAACCAUAAGCCAGUCGUGACACAAAUUCUGCACAGGUCUUUAAAUUAUAGUCGAUAUUGCUUCAAAUCUGUACUCUUAGGGUCUAUAAUUAACCCCUUAAGGACGCAGGACGUAAAUGUACGUCCUGGUGAGGUGGUCUAUGUUCUUCUUGCAGCAGAGUCAUUAGGGGACGUAAUACUGAACAUACAGUAUCCAAAGAAAAAAAAAGGACUUAACCCCUUAAGGACGCAGGACGUAAAUGUACGUCCUGAUGAGGUGGUACUUAACGCACCAGGACGUACAUUUACGUCCUAAGCAUAACCGCGGGCAUCGGAGCGAUGCCCGUGUCAUGCGCGGCUGAUCCCGGCUGCUGAUCGCAGCCAGGGACCCGCCGGCAAUGGCCGACGCCCGCGAUCUCGCGGGCGUCCGCCAUUAACCCCUCAGGUGCCGGGAUCAAUACAGAUCCCGGCAUCUGCGGCAGUUCGCGAUUUAAAUGAACGAUCGCAUCGCCCGCAGCGCUGCUGCGGGGAUCCGAUCAUUCAGAACGCCGGACGGAGGUCCCCUCUCCUUCCUCCGUCCGGCUCCCGGCGUCUCCUGCUCUGGUCUGUGAUCGAGCAGACCAGAGCAGGAGAUGACCGAUAAUACUGAUCUGUUCUAUGUCCUAUACAUAGAACAGAUCAGUAUUAGCAAUCAUGGUAUUGCUAUGAAUAGUCCCCUAUGGGGACUAUUCAAGUGUAAAAAAAAAUGUAAAAGUAACAGUAAAAAAAAAGUGAAAAAUCCCCUCCCCCAAUAAAAAAGUAAAAAGUUUUUUCCUAUUUUACCCCCAAAAAGCGUAAAAAAACAUUUUUUAUAGACAUAUUUGGUAUCGCCGCGUGCGUAAAUGUCCGAACUAUGAAAAUAAAAUGUUAAUGAUCCCGUACGGUGAACGGCGUGAACGAAAAAAAAAAAGUCAAAAAUUUCUACUUUUUUAAUACAUUUUAUUAAAAAAAAAUUAUAAAAAAUGUAUUAAAAGUUUUUUAUAUGCAAAUGUGGUAUCAAAAAAAAGUACAGAUCAUGGCGCAAAAAAUGAGCCCCCAUACCGCCACUUAUACGGAAAAAUAAAAAAGUUAGAGGUCAUCAAAAUAAAGGGAUUAUAAACGUACUAAUUUGGUUAAAAAGUUUGUGAUUUUUUUUAAGCGCAACAAUAAUAUAAAAGUAUAUAAUAAUGGGUAUCAUUUUAAUCGUAUUGACCCUCAGAAUAAAAAACACAUGUCAUUUUUACCAUAAAUUGUACGGCGUGAAAACAAAACCUUCCAAAAUUAGCAAAAUUGCGUUUUUCGUUUUAAAUUCCCCACAAAAAUAGUGUUUUUUGGUUGCGCCAUACAUUUUAUGAUAUAAUGAGUGAUGUCAUUACAAAGGACAACUGGUCGCGCAAAAAACAAGCCCUCAUACUAGUCUGUGGAUGAAAAUAUAAAAGAGUUAUGAUUUUUAGAAGGCG